AUGUCCUUCGUGCGCGCCGCGUCCAAGGUCAGCCGAGUGGGCGUGCGAGCCCCGGUUUGCCGAGCAACACCCGUUGCACUGAACGCUUCGCGCGCUUUCUCGCAGUCGGUUGCCCUCAAGAGCGACGCGCAUGCCGAAGAAACAUUUGAGGAAUUUACCGCCAGAUAUGAGAAGGAGUUUGAGAAGGUUAACGACGUCUUCGAGCUUCAGCGAAACCUAAACAACUGCUUCGCCUACGAUCUUGUCCCCUCACCCGCCGUCAUCACUGCCGCGCUCCGUGCUGCCAGGCGUGUCAACGACUUCCCCUCGGCUGUUCGGGUCUUUGAGGGUAUCAAAUUCAAGGUUGAGAACAAGGGUCAAUACGCAGAGUACCUCCAGGAGCUCGAGCCGAUACGCGAGGAGCUCGGCAUUCCGCUCAAGGAGGCUUUGUACCCUGAUGAGAAGUAGAGUGGUCCGUGGUGGCUAGUUGGCUAUCCUAUAUUUCCCACGCUGAUAUGGAAUACCAUGGGGCGCCCCAAUGUAAAUGUCAACGUUUCAACUUUUUAUCUAGACGGAAGGCUGGAAGCAGACGAGGCCUGUACGACCAAGUGAUGUUUUCUGCGACAUGUUUUGUGUGGAGCGGGUGAGCGAUUGGGUGAUAGAGUAAGGACAGGUUCCAAAUUUAGGUAAAACAAUGUUUG